AUGGCACCUUACCCGACCACGAACUCGUCUGGGCUCAACACUCCCGAGUCUGAGCUCGAGUCGGUGCUCCCCGUGCACCCGACAGCUGCUCGUCGCCCGUAUCCGAUCGUAGUGCAGUCUGAACAGACUUCCUACAGCGACGAGCACAUCACGUCCACGUUCACCAACCGCAGCGCAGCCGUCGCUGUCACCGAUGGGCAGUACGUCGUCACUCCCACCACGAAGCAGUACCAGCUGCAGACUGCUCGGAAGGUUUCAAAGACUGGAUUGUUGAUGGUAGGAUGGGGCGGUAACAACGGGUCCACGUUGUCCGCCACGAUCCUCGCCAACCGUCACAACAUCGUCUGGCGCACCAAGGCCGGCAUCCAGCAGCCCAACUACAUCGGCUCGAUGCUCCGCGCGUCCACCGUUCGUCUCGGCUCCGACCCGUCCACGGGCAAGGACGUUCACGUCCCCGUCUCGGACGUCCUUCCCAUGGUGCACCCCAACGACCUCGUCCUCGGUGGCUGGGACAUCUCCGGCUUGCGCAUGGAUGAGGCCAUGAAGCGCGCGGAAGUGCUCGACUGGGACCUCCAGCGCCAGGUCAUGCCGCACAUGGCCGCGCUCGGCAAGCCGCUCCCCUCGAUCUACUACCCCGACUUCAUCGCUGCUAACCAGGAGGCCCGUGCGGACAACAUCGUCCCCGGCACGGACAAGCAGGCCCACCUCGAGCAGCUCCGCGCGGACAUCCGCCGCUUCAAGGCUGAGCACGGGCUCGACCGCGCCGUCGUCUUCUGGACCGCCAACACGGAGCGUUACAGCGAAAUCAUCCCCGGCGUGAACGACACCGCCGACGCGCUCCUCGCGGCCAUCAAGACGUCACACUCCGAGGUCUCGCCGUCGACGCUCUUCGCCGUCGCGUCCAUCCUCGAGGGCGAGCCCUUCGUGAACGGCGCGCCCCAGAACACGUUCGUCCCGGGUGUCAUUGAGCUCGCAGAGCGCCACAAGGCGUUCAUCGGCGGCGACGACCUCAAGUCGGGCCAGACGAAGCUCAAGUCCGUCUUCGCCGAGUUCCUCGUCAACGCGGGCAUCAAGCCGCUCUCGAUCGCGUCCUACAACCACCUCGGCAACAACGACGGGCACAACCUGUCCGCGGAGCCGCAGUUCAAGAGCAAGGAGAUCAGCAAGAGCAGCGUCGUCGACGACAUGGUCGACGCGAACCACCUCCUUUUCAAGCGCCCCGAGCCGGGCGCGGUCAAGGGCACGAAGGCCGCGAAGGGCGAGCACCCCGACCACAUCGUCGUCAUCAAGUAUGUCCCCGCCGUCGGCGACUCGAAGCGCGCGAUCGACGAGUACUACUCGGAGAUCUUCUGUGGCGGCCGCUCUACCAUCAACAUCUUCAACGAGUGUGAGGACUCUCUGCUCGCUACGCCGCUCAUCCUGGACCUCGCCAUCCUCACCGAGCUGCUGACGCGUGUCCAGUACCGCGACGUCUCCGCCGGCCAGGCCGAGUUCUCACCGCUGUACUCCGUGCUCUCUCUGCUCUCGUACAUGCUUAAGGCUCCGCUCGUCAAGCCUGGCACGGACGUCGUGAACAGCCUGAACAGGCAGCGCAACGCGCUCGAGACGUUCCUGAAGGCCUGCAUCGGCCUCGAGGGCAGCAGCGACCUCCUCAUGGAGACGCGUAUCUGGUAA